AUGGCAAGCCUAAAAUACACCACCCUCGACGUCUUUACGACCAAGAAGUUCGCCGGCAACCCAUUGGCCGUAUGUCAAAUCCCCAAAGGCGUAACCCUCACCCAAGAGCAAAAGCAAACCAUCGCCAUCGAGUUCAACUACUCGGAAACCACUUUCCUACACCCAUGCUCCAACGAAGGCGACGAGGUUCCCGAAUGGCCCCUCGAUAUUUUUACCGUCAAAACCGAACUACCUUUUGCCGGCCACCCAACCAUUGGAACCGCAUGCCAUAUAUUGAGCCAGACUGGAAAGACCAAGGGUAGAUUCAAGGUCAAGGCCGGCAUCAUCGAGCUCGACUAUACAGAUGGCGUAGCAAAGGCUUCCAUCCCUCACAACACUCACAUCCACUCUACAACCGAUUUAUCCGCUUCCGCCAUGCUAAACUGGCAAACCGGUCUCCAGCCCUUUUACAGAUCCGGAGAUCUAAAGGUGCAUGUCGUGAGUCCAGUCAAGGGCAUGAAUUUCGCCAUGAUCGAACUCAAAACCUUGCAAGAAUUGGCAGCUGUAAACUUGCCGGGCAAAGAACUAAACUUCUCGCUGGACGGAGACUGGGAUGUCGGUCCUUGCUUUAGCAAAUUCUUUGUGCGUAUGCCCGAUCAGGGUGACGGCAUCAGGAGACUCAGAACCAGAAUGAUCGAGGGCAACUUUGAGGAUCCGGCCACUGGAAGUGCUUGCUGUGGUCUUGCGGCUUAUUUGGUCUUGAAGGAAGGUAUCCAAGAUGGAAAGGUCAAGUUUGAUAUCUUGCAGGCUGUUGAGAUUGGAAGACCUAGUGAGAUUGGUGUCGAGGUUGAGGUCAAGGGUGGUGAGAUCAAGACAGUCGUGCUUUCUGGAAAGUCAGUGAGAGUCAUGGAAGGCAAGAUCUUCUAUGAAUAG